AUGUUCCUGACGGGCAAGGAGAAGAUUCUCCACAGAGCUGGCAAACGUUAUGAUGAUGCCGUUGGGGGUCCUUUCUUGCCUUGGAUUCGCUUUAGACGACCUGCGUUCUAUUCUCGUUUCUGCGUUUGCUUAUGCGAUUACCGCCGGUUUCUGCGUUCUCAUGAUUUCCUGGCCACGUCUCUGCUCUAUUACCUUGGCCCAUCAUUCUCUCUGUGUUGGAUUUCUCUCUUGUGA